AUGGCCGAUAACAGUGAUGUCAAGAAUUCGAUAUCUCUUGUACUGGGCCCUGAAUGGUUACGUGAGAUGAAAAGUCCUACAAUAAAAGUGUUUUCAACUUUAAAAGAAUUACUUGAUAACAUAUCUCAACCAGAAAACAGCAACGAUUCAUUUCGUGUAUUCAUUCCAGGUCAAUACAUCGAACAUCUGAUUAAAAAUGAUAUUCAUAAUUCAGUUCAUGUAGAUUCUAUCCAUAGUUAUUAUAAUUCUGAAGUUGAUUUUCAGUUGCAUACUAAACAAUAUCAAAGCAUCAGUAACAAAUUACAUUUUCUGAUGACGGCCGACUUAGCCGCGCGACUUUUGGCCGCCUUCGGUCUUCAUUCGACUCAUCAAGUUGGUACAGGCAAUCAAUCAAUCUCGAAGCCCAGUCGUGCGAGACGAAAAACAAAGACCAAAGGAAGACGAGUUGUUGUCUCAAAUACAGUUUCUUUCGAUAUGAAAUGUCAUAAAUGUUCAUCCGUAUUCCAAGAUCCUUUUCAACUUGCCUGUGGACAUCGACAAUGUCGAUCAUGUAUUGAUAAACAAGAAGGCACUAUGAUCAGGUGUGUUGAUUGUCAGACAGAAACACGACGAGAAGAAGUAUGAAGAAUGUAUACAUCAUUUUUUUAGCAGAGAGAUAAACUUUUUCUAACUCUUUAGUUAUGGCUCGAUCGCGGUUUCAUGAAACAAUUAGAACAGUUUAACGAGACAAGCUGACUUAAAGACCCAUAAAUGAUACUGUUAAUAACUCUUAUUUGUUCCUAUGAUGUUCGGUAUCAAAUCUUUGUAUUUAUUCGAACGACAUUCAUCUGUAGUUGAUACUAAAUAGUACCUAUUUCUAUGUAUAUGCGUUGAGAAAUCUAUUGUCAACUUUGUGUUCAUUCUAAUCAUUGAUUUAAUUUUUUCUGUGAACAGUGUAGGGUGUGGGGUGUGGGUGUGGGUUGGGUGUGGGGUGUGGGGUGUGGGUGUGGGGUGGGGGUG